AUGUCGCCGUCGACCUUGAAACCACUAGUCUCCGGUGUCCCUCCGGCGAUCAAAGCUUCAAAUGGGCGGCCGCAAUCGAAAGAUUCAAAAGUCAUAAUGAUCAAAAGACAAGCACUUCUUCCUCUCCAGGUGAAAGAGAAACCACUGUUGCCACAAACACAAAGCCUCACGACAAAAUCCAGACGGGAAAUGCUACAACUAACAGCUGCAUCGGUAAGUCUUCUCUCUCUUCUCCUGCCGCCAUCUGCGGAGGCACGACCAAGAAAUGCCACUAUAAAGCAGAAAAUCAUGGAAAAUUUCGAGGAGCUUAGGAAGAAGGCCGGUGUGUCCAAGCUGGAAGCCAAAAAGGAGGAAAACAAAGCGAACAUAGAGCCAGAAAACGGUGGUGAAGAGAAAAAAGUUCCGAAAGCAGAGACAUUCAUUCCUGCACUUCCAAAUAUCAUCAAUGGCAAAACUGUGGAGACCACUUUGCCUUAG